AUGGCUGGGAUCUCAUGGGCUCAACAGGCGAUCGACAAGUUCUUUGAAUCCCGUGAAUAUCCAACUCAAUUACAACGUGAUGACAAUGCCCUUGCGGUCCUAGGCUCACCAAGCUACACGGUGCUUUAUACGGAUAAUCCAGACAAUCAACCAGAUUAUAUUGUGUAUUUUCGAGAAUUCGGGUCCACACUAGAUCAGGAUCCAGUGCCAACCCACCUACACAUCUAUAGAAUGUCUUAUCUGCGAAGAGUUCCCUGCCUAGAAGUACUCAGCACCAAGGUCAAAUUGAGCCUUAAAGACAAGACUAGACAUGUCUCUUACGUCAAGCACCUAGCUAGUAUACCUCUCCUCCGAGAGGAACCAUACCCGCAAAUUCUCACACAUAAUGACCUCUCUGAAACAAACAUCUUAGUUGAUGUGGAGACGUUUGAGAUUACAGGGGUCAUCGAUUGGUCUUUGGCUAAAGAACUCUCGUUUGGCUUGGAGCUGGACUCUCUCUUAUUAACAAUAGGAUGUAUGGAACUCAGCGGCUGGCAUAAUUACACAUGCUGCAUGCUACUACUUGAUGCGUUUGGGGAUGAGUUCUGGACUCAACCUCAGGAGGUCCGUAUCGCUGCGAUGCCGGCGUGCAGUGCUACACCAUGCUUUCCAACGCAUGCCGGCGGUUCCCCAUCUGAAGAUCUGGUAACCCCUGAAUAG